GGGCGCGGGGCGGCUUUCCCGGGCCGCCCCGCCUCAGUGGCGGCCUGCAGUGGCAACGACGCGCGUGUCGCCUCCGACACUUCCGCCCCGCGCACCUAAUCCGCUCAUUUAGCAAGCAAACGCCGCAUACGGUGUGGUGGCGGUGGCAGCCCUGCGGCGCCGAGCCCCCGGGGCCGAUGCUCUGACGAGCCGGGCGCCUCCGCCCGAGCUCCUUCGAUCCGCGUCCGACCGGCAUGUGAUAUCGCGCCGCGCCACUCGACAAAAUGAUUGUGUGUUCAAUUGUUUACGUUAACGAUAGUUGAUAACCGGGAGGCCGACGCUGGCAUGCUAAUUCGGACUGUUGGUGGGGAGUCGUGGACUGGUUGUCGUGGUCGCGCGGGCGUUGGACGCGCGGUUUUGUCGCGCGCGGGCUGCUCAUCGCGCGGUUCUGGCGGGCCAGCGCCAUGCGGUAGCGCGGCGGCGCGGCCGAGCGGCGGGCGAGCACUCGUGCGCUCUCGGCUAUGUGCCCCCCUUGCGCUACACUGUAAGUCUCGAUCUGUCGAUGACGCAACCAAGGAGGACCCAUGUCUUACUGGUAGGCCUCAUGUAAUACUAGCUUCAAUGUUGUUUAUUUGCUCUGUUUUUGUGUAGCAUGUUGUGUGUUAAACUAAACAUAAAUCGUAUGAUACUCUCUUGAAUACUUAAGAGCGAUUCUUCAAGAAUUGAAUCAUUGCAAGUUUUUAAAUAUAAUUACGUGAUUAAGUACAACCGUGUUCACCAUCUCAUUAGCUUUUUACAAUUGGAGAAUACUUUUCUUUAAAAUACUAAUCUCUAUUGGAGUCUUUGAAAACAGUCUUAAUUUAAAAAGACUUGCAGAGAGACUGUAACGUUCCAGAAAAUGUCGCUAUUAAUUAUUACACUUACUUUAACAAACAAACACAAGCGUCCAAGAAAAUAUCAUUAAAUAAACACUCCGCACUUCUUAAUGGCAUAUUCAUAAUGAAA